ACAACACAGCAGCAGACUUAUGAUUCAUCGCAUAAAAACUCACGUUCGGUAGUUCUGCCGGCAGCCCUCUGGAGUGUCUCUUCGCGGCGCGGCCAGUCUUCAGUGGUGAUCCAGUUCGAGCGGACGCGCAUCCUUACACGCGUGGAAGUGAAGUUUGAAAGUUUGAGUCGGAUUCGAUCAAGUUCGAAAUAGGACAGGUUUUUCGCUAUUUUUUUCCGCGUUCAAUUCGAUAUGAGUGACAAAUUUGGAGGUGUAUCAGAAUAAACUGUGUGCCGAUUAGCGCGGCGCUCUGCGAAAAUAAGCGGACCGGGCGGAUUUGCUUUGUUCGAUGAGCGGUGGACAUAUUAAUUUGAAUACAAAUUAGCCAACGGGACGAGCCAACCGGGAGGAAGGAGAGCGCAAUCUGGGCUGAGUUCCGUCCAUGUUGGUUGUGCUUUAAAGUUGAGAAUUCCCAGUUUCUGGACAAAUUCGCAAGCCUUCUUCCGAAGAAUAGAAGCUGAUAGAGGUUCUUCAGUUUGAAAUGGACCCGCAUCCCUCGCAACCCACAGAACCCAACCUGUCCUCUGAUGGCAAUACAGAGUUCACAGUCCCCGGCAGGUUCCAAAAUUUGUUCCCUAUCGGUAUUGGCGCUCAGGGUGCCGUGUGUGCCGCACUCGACACGGUAACGGGCAUGCCGGUGGCAAUUAAGAAACUGUCCCGACCAUUCCAGGAUGUAACACAUGCCAAGCGAGCCUAUCGUGAGAUCAAGUUGAUGCGCUUAGUGGAUCAUCCUUUCGUAAUAAAACUACUGUACGCCUACUCCCCGCAAACCACACUGGACACAUUCCGAGAUAUUUACCUUUUCACCGAACGCAUGGAUUCCAACCUGAGCAACGUUAUCGGCAACCGAUUGGACCACGAGCGGUUGUCGUUCCUGGUGUACCAGAUGCUCUGUGGAAUAAAGUAUCUCCAUUCGGCGGGCAUCAUCCAUCGGGACCUCAAACCAACAAACAUCGUUGUACGGGCAGACUGUUCGCUUAAGAUUCUGGAUUUUGGACUCGCUCGCAGUGUUGGUACCAACUUCAUGAUGACCCAGUACGUGGUAACCCGUUACUAUCGAGCGCCGGAAGUUAUCCUCAACAUGGACUACGAUACCAAGGUUGAUAUUUGGGCAAUCGGCUGCAUAAUGGCGGAAUUGAUCACCGGUCAGGUGCUGUUUCCCGGCACUGAUCAUGUGGAUCAGUGGAACAAGAUAAUCGCAACACUUGGAACACCAUCCGCGCAGCUUAUUGCUCGAACAAAUCAUUCCGCCCGGAGAUACAUAGAAACGCUUCCAGUCCAUCCAAAGCCCCCGUUCGAGCAACUGUUUCCGGAGUCAGCGUUUUUGGUUUCAGAGGGAUCCAGUUCGGCUGUGUUGAACAACUCCAGCGCUCGAAAUAUGCUGGAACGGAUGCUGGAGAUUGAUCCGUACGAGCGGAUAUCGGUUGUGGAAGCCCUUGACCACCCGUACGUGAAUAUGUGGUUCCAGGAGGAUGAAGUUAACCGGCCGGCACCGGUGCCCUACGACCAUGCUUUGGAUGAGCAGGAGCUAAGUAUUGACGAGUGGAAGGCUUUGCUGUUCCGAGAGAUUCAGGAGAUUCAAAGACAAACUUUGGGCAUGGUGACCGACAACUGAAACGCGCUUUUUUAUCGAACAAGACCUAGCUGUAAGUAGAGCGAUAUUCUAAAUGUUCAGUCUUCCAUGUUUUCAAAUACGAUCUAUAAGUACAAAUAGGCUAGGAAAUAAUAGUUAUUGCAUGAUU